GCUGCUGUGGGAAAGAGACGGCUGACACAGCUCCAUCACCUUAAGCAAGGUUGUGGUGAGGACAUGUGACCUUGCACCCUCAGGCAUAAAAGCCUGUGUUCAGCCCUGCCAUGUUCACACUGCUGGCCAUCAUGAGGGGGCUGCUCGCAUUCGCCGCGCUGUUUGUGGCCGUUCUUGGCAAAGAGACAUUUGAGGGGCAUCAGGUGCUCCGCAUUGUUCCAAAAGAUGAUGUCCAGCUGUCCCUUAUCAAGGAUCUGGAAGACAUGAUCGAGUUUGAGUUGGACUUCUGGAGAGGUGUGACUGAUGCGGUCACUCCUGUGGAUAUCAGAGUUCCCUUCCACAGCCUGCAGACCGUCAAAAUUUACCUGGAGACUCAGGGUAUUGAGUACUCCACCAUGAUUGAAGACCUGCAGACGAUGCUGGAUGACGAGCAGGAGGAGAUGGAGUCUGCUGCUCGUGUCACUCAGCCCAGAAACACUGACAGCUAUGAUUACGGCAGGUAUCACCCCAUCAACGAGAUCUACGAUUUCCAGGACAUGCUGGUGGCUGAGAACCCCAACAUGGUCAGCAAGAUUGUGAUCGGACAGAGCUACGAGGGUCGUCCCCUGAAUGUGCUCAAGUUCAGCACCGGUGGAACCAACCGUCCUGCCAUCUGGAUCGACACUGGAAUCCAUUCCAGAGAGUGGGUCACUCAGGCCAGCGGCCAGUGGUUCGCCAAGAAGAUCGUGACUGAUUAUGGACGUGACCCAACUCUCACUGCCAUCCUCAACAAGAUGGACAUCUUCCUGGAGAUUGUGACCAACCCUGACGGCUAUUACUACACCCACAACAACAACCGUAUGUGGCGUAAGACCAGGAAGCCUAACCCUGGCUCCAACUGUGUAGGAGUUGAUCCCAACAGGAACUGGGAUGCUGGUUUUGGAGGACCUGGUGCCAGUGGCAGGCCUUGCUCAGAGACCUACCAUGGACCUAGGGCUAACUCUGAGUCUGAGGUCAAGUCUAUUGUGGACUUUGUGAAGUCCCAUGGUAACUUUAAGGCCUUCAUAUCCAUCCAUUCCUACUCCCAGAUGCUCCUGUACCCUUACGGAUACACCAGGACUCCAGUCAAGGAUCAGGCUGAGCUGCACAGUCUGGCUAAGAAAGCUAUCACUGACCUGGCCAGCCUGUAUGGUACUCGCUACAGAUACGGCAGCAUCAUCAGCACCAUCUACCAAGCCAGCGGUGGCACGAUUGACUGGACCUACAACCAGGGCAUCAAGUACUCCUACACCUUUGAGCUGAGGGACACCGGCCGUUACGGUUUCAUCCUGCCACCCAGCCAGAUCAUUCCCACCGCCCAGGAGACUUGGCUGGCCCUGAUGGCUAUCAUGGAUCACACCUACAAGAACCCCUACUAAUGUGUGUGUGUGUGUGUGUGUGAAGUGAUAUUGUUAGCCAAUGUCACCUGUAAAAUGUCAUCGUUAAGACUAACAUCAUCACUGUCAAAAACCACAAACAGCCAAAUAAACGAGCAAACUUGAAAAAUGCA